AUGACUGUCGCCGACUAUCUGGCUGCCCAGCUGGCCGAGUCGCAUCGUGCCUACAUUGAGCGCAAUCCCAAAUCUCGAAUUGCCUAUGAGAACUCCUUCGCAUAUCUGCCCGGGGGCAAUACUAGGACAGUCAUCCAUGCCGAUCCUUUCCCGCUUACUUUUGCGUCGGGGGAAGGGAGCACGUUGACUUCGGUCGACGGGCAUAAAUAUGUCGACCUCUUGGGCGAAUUCAGCGCGGGUAUCUUUGGCCACUCAAAUCCCCGUAUCGCAAAUGCUAUUACGGAUGCGAUGACUCGAGGGUGGAAUUACGGAGGCACUUGCACCUAUGAGAAAGAGCUGGCAAGCAAAGUGUGCGAAAGAUUUGGUCCGAGUGGCCUGCAGCUUGUCCGCUUCACCAAUUCCGGCACCGAGGCGAAUACAAUGGCCAUUGCCACUGCGCAGAAUGUCACUGGGAAGAAAAAGAUUCUCGUGUUCAGUUCGGGUUAUCACGGUGGAACUUUAGUGUUCCCCCUCGCUGUGAUGAAAGGCGAGACGGUAGCCCCGAUGAACCUUCCUCACGACUUUGUGUACGCACCAUACAAUAAUAUCAGCGAAACCCGGGAGAUAUUGGACCACUUACCCCAAGAUAGCCUAGCAGCUAUUCUGGUAGAGCCCAUUCAGGGUUCCGGGGGCUGCCGACCUGCUGACAGAAGAUUCCUCAAUUUCCUUCGGACAGAAGCAGACGAGCGCAAGGCAUUGCUUAUCAUGGAUGAGGUUAUGGCUUCUCGUCUCGGAUAUUCCGGCUAUUCUGCUGAAAUGAAUAUCCGCGCUGAUAUCAUGACGCUCGGAAAGUACCUCGGUGGCGGGAUGACGAUUGGUGCAUUUGGAGGAAGAAGGGACAUCAUGGAACUAUUCGACCCAACGAAAUCCAAAUUGUUUCACCCGGGCACCUACAACAACAACGUUUUCUCCAUGGCAGCUGGCAUCACCGGACUUGACAUUUACGACGCAUCGGAAGUGGACAGAUUGAACAAUCUGGGAGAAAAAUUGAAGACAGACAUUCAAGCGAUUUUGAUGAACCACGGUCUCUACCCAGAUAGCUACCGGAGUCCCGCUGCCGGGCUUAUGGAGAUCGACAGCCUACUAACGGGAACAGAGGGAUACAUUGAUGAUCAUUCUGACAAACUGAUUCAGCUACCAUCAAUGUUUGUGACCGGGCGUGGGACGGCAUCACAAUGGCAGGCCCUGUUCUACCAUCACAUGCUCGAGCGGAAUAUCAACAUCGCAGUUCGCGGAUAUACACCUCUUCAUCUCCAGGUCUCCGCCUCUGACUGCAAAGCAUACGUCGAGUCAAUCGAGGCGUUUGUGAUCAAGCACAAGGCUAUGUUGACCAGUUGA